UUUAUUUUAAAAAUAGGCCUUUUCCAUGUCUUGCAUCAUGAAGAAUAAGCACAAGACUGAUCAAACGACAAUGGGGAUGCCUUCUUUCAAUGGCUCCAUGUUCCUACUAAUCCUUUCCUUACCCAGCUUCCUAAGCCUAAACAGUGAAGCAGCCCCAGAAUACCGCUACCAUUACUGUUCAAACCAAACCACUUUCACCCCCAAUAGCACCUACCAGUCCAACCUCAACCGCCUCCUCUCUUCCCUUUCCUCAAACUCCACGCAUGAAAGUGGUUUCUACAACACCACCGUUGGCCAAACCCCAGAGACCACAGUCUACGGCCUCUUCUUCUGCCGUGGAGACCUCACACCUAAUGAUUGCCAAGACUGUGUGUCAACCGCAACCAAAGUCAUUGUUCAGGAGCAGUACUGCCCCGUAGAAAAAGUGGCCGUGAUAUGGUACGGUGAAUGCGUGUUACGCUACUCAAACCAGUCAUUCUUCUCCAUCAUGGAUGAAGCUCCCCUCAUUUCUAUGUAUAACAUUCAGAAUAUAACAAAUUCAAGCCGCUUCACACAGCUACUUGGAACUUCAAUGAAUGGCAUAGUAACCAAAGCAUCAAAUGCUCCGUCUGGCACACAAAAAUUUGCGACAACAGAAGCCAAUUUUUCGGAAUUACAAAAACUAUAUAGCCUUGUCCAAUGCGAUCCUCUGAUAUCUAGCUCUGAUUGCAAUAGGUGUCUUGGGACUGUCAUAGGAAAUCUGCCAGCUUGUUGUGCAGGAAAGCAAGGGGCUAAUGUUUUGAAUCCAAGUUGUUUUGUUAGGUACGAAAUAUAUCCGUUUUACACGGUACAGGCUGUUCCGUCACCGGCACCAACACCGGUGCUUCUUGCUCCUCCACCUCCGAAAGGAAAAAGCAAAAACUCAUUGUUAAUUAUCGCCAUCGUUGCUCCAACUGUUGUCUUUAUAUUGCUACUCUGUAUUGGCUACUACUUUCUAAGUAGGAGAGGAAAAAAGAAGUACAAUGCUGUACCUUAUGAAAAUGCAUCCGGUGAAAUUACAACGGAUUCCUUGCAAUAUGAUUUGGCUACAAUUGAAGCCGCGACAAACAACUUCGCAGAUGAUAACAAGCUGGGUAGUGGAGGCUUUGGUGAGGUUUUCAAGGGUACACUUCCCAACAAACAAGAAAUAGCUGUGAAAAGACUCUCGCAAAGCUCUCAACAAGGUGCUGAAGAAUUUAAAAACGAGGUCUUGUUGGUAGCCAAACUUCAACACAGAAAUCUAGUUAGGCUUUUGGGAUACUGUCUGGAAGGAGCAGAAAAGUUACUUCUCUACGAAUUUGUGCCCAACAAAAGCCUUGACUACUUUUUAUUUGACCCCGAGAAGCGAGGCUUAUUGGAUUGGUCAAGCCGUUACAAUAUUAUUGGAGGAGUUGCUCGAGGAAUCCUUUAUCUUCACGAGGAUUCUAGGCUUAGAAUUAUACAUCGUGAUCUUAAGGCUAGCAAUAUAUUGCUAGAUGCAAAUUUGAAUCCAAAAAUUUCAGAUUUUGGCAUGGCAAGAAUUUUUGGAGUUGAUGAAACCCAAGGGAACACCAGUAAAAUUGUUGGAACAUUUGGUUACAUGUCUCCAGAAUAUGCAAUGCACGGGCAGUUUUCUGUGAAGUCUGACGUAUAUAGUUUUGGUGUCCUUAUACUGGAAAUUUUAAGUGGCAAAAAAAUUAGUGCAUUUGGUCAAUCAGAUACAGCCGAGGACUUGUUGAGCUAUGCUUGGAAACACUGGAGCAAUGGAUCAUACUUGGACGUGCUGGAUUCGGAUAUGAGAGAUUCUUGCUCGAGAAAUGAAGUUAUCCAAUGCAUCCAUAUUGGCUUACUUUGUGUCCAGGAAAAUCCUGCUGAUAGACCCUCAAUGGCAACAAUAAUUCUUAUGCUUAACAGUGACUCUGUUACUUUGCCAUCACCUCAAAAGCCACCUUUUUUCCUUCAUAGUAGAACAGAGCAGAACAUGCCAACAAUAGCGAUGGAUUCAGAUAAAUCUUCUAGCACGAACAUGCCAACAGUAGAGGUGAACUCAGAUAAAUCUUCAAGUACAUCAGUGCAAUGGUCUGUCAAUGAAGCAUCAAUUACUGAACUGUACCCUCGAUAGUGUUUGUAGUAAGGAAUUCUCCAAAGCUACUCUCUCUUUUCUAAGUCAUGGAACUUGAACACUAUAAUACACAUGACCGUUCUCUAAGAAAUUGAGCCUUCAUGUAUGGUAAUAAACGUUUGCUAUAAUUUGUAAAAUUAAUUAUUGAGAAAAGAAUACAAAAUAAUGCUAUCCUAGCUGUACUCAA